AUGAAAAAAGUAGAGUCGAUCAAAUAUAUUGAUAGAAACAUCAUCAAUAAAGAAGUAACUUAGAAUUCUGGUACUCAUGUCUUAAAUGAUAAGUUUUUAUUUAUUUUAAAUAUAUUAGAAAACAUUCUAAUGCAUCUGAAACUCCGGAAAGAGCAAAACAUUAGAGCGUUGACAGAAUUUAGAAAAAGCGCCAGAGUUCUGUUGAUCAAUUUAAUAGAAUCCAAUUUCAUGAGUAUAAUAAUUGAUUUAUUUUAUAGGGAAACCUUCCCAUAAAACAGCAACUAUGAAAGAAAUUAAGAUAAUUCAAAAAUGUCUGAAUAUUCACUAUAAAGUAUUGAAAGAGAAGAUAUGAUUGAAGAUAGAGUUUAUAGACAUACUCUUCAUAAAUCAAUUCAUGUCUAUAACAAAUUUAUCUCUUCUGCCUCACAUUAACUGAAUAUGCAACAAAAAUCAGAACCAGACCCUGAAAAACCAGGAAUUGCUAUGAAUCUCUUAAAUGCAUUUAAUUAGCAUUAAGAAAUAUAACCUGAAUAUUUUAAUGAUAUUGAAUAUGAUAAAAUUAUACGUCGACAUAAAAAAUUAAUAGAAAGAAAUACAAUGAAAGAUCCUUAUUAUGUUAGAUUAGUGAAAUUAUCAGAAUUUUAAAGAUUAAAUUAUGAAUUGCAAGUAAAAUUUUGUAUUUAUAUAGAAAUAUGAUGAUAAUUUGGCUUUAUUAAAGUUAAGAAAAUACUUUAUUUAUGUGAUAUAUAGCAUUCCUAUAAUGGCAAGAAAAAUAGUAAAUAAUUUUAUAUUUAAAAUAUUGAUGACAUUUCUAAUCUUAUUUAAUGUUGUAUUGUAUAUUGUAGUAAAAACAAACGGAAGAACAGAUACUGAUCAUAUUGAAGAAGUAGUUAUGAUAUUAUUUAUUUCUGAAAUUGGAUUAAGAAUUAUAGCCAGUGGAGUGUUUUUUAAUGAUUAUGCUUUUUUUAGAAAUAUGGAAAAUAUUUAUGAUUUUGUACUCAUAUUUUUCACUGCUAUGAAUCUUUAUUAUCCUGAAAUAAUUAUUAUUGAUAUAUCUCCUCUAAGAUUAGUAACAUUAUUAAUGUAUUUGACAAAUAUAUUUCAGGGAUUGAAUGUAAUGAUGACUGCUUUAAAAUAAUCAUUCAAAUUUUUAAUUGAAGCAUUAAUGAUAGUGAUAUUAUUCUCAUUGAUCUUUGCAUCAAUGGGUAUAUUUCUAUUUCAAGGUUUAUUUAAUUAUAGAUGUCAAUAUGAAAAUGGUGAUGAAACAGAUGGUUGGAUAUAAUGUAAUUAAGAUUAAUGUCCAUCUGAUAUGCAUUGUAUGUAUAGUGAUUAUACACCUAAAAUGCCAACAUCUUUUAAUAAUUUAAUAGGUUCUUUAGGUUAAAUUUUAAGAACAAUUACUAUGGAUGAUUGGAGUUGGGUUAUGUUUUUUACAAUGAGAAUAUUUCAUCCAUGGAUUUGGUUAUAUUAUUUAUUAAUUAUUUUUAUUGGAGGUUUCUUUGGAUUUAAUAUAGUUAUUGCAGUGUUGAAAGUUCAUUAUUCAGAGGCAACAGAAGAAAAUAAGAAAAGAGAAGAAGAAAAAGAAAUAUAAAAAAGAUUGAAAGAAGAAUAAGAAUAUCCAGAAAGGAAUUUAUUAGAAAUACUAGAUGUUGCACAUUUAAGAGAAAUUGGAAUCUAUAAAGUAAUCAAAAAAUACAGAACUAAUUUAAAUGAAGCAUCAUUUAAAAAAUAUGCUAUUGAAGAUCCUACUAAUUUUAAGAAAUCAUAUCAAACUACAAGAACAUUAUCAGCUAAAUAAAAAUAAAUGGAAAGUGGAAUCAUUAAAUUACCAUUUAUUGAAUAUGUUACAAGUUUUACAUGGAAAAGAUUUUUAUUACCAAAAUUUGAUAUUUUAGAUGCUUUAAUCAAAAAAAUAAAAAUAAAAAAUUAUACUGAAGAUGAAUUCAAUAUGAAAGUCAUAGAAAAAUUGAAAACCAUUAAAUUUUCCAGAUUAUAACCCUAAGUCAAUAUGGAUGUUAAGUAAAAUUAUACUUCAUCAAAUGAUGUUUUACUUAAGUUGAUGUAAUUCUAAUUCUAUUUAUAUUUAGUGAUCUAUAAGAUUAAAUUUAAAAAGAAAAGAACUUCAAUCUAGAAAAAAUAAGAUCCACUAAAUUCUAAAUGAUUUAUCAUGAAAUGAAAAUAGAAAAAGAAAAAUUAUAUGGCAAAACUUAAUUUGCAAAGUCAAGUUUCCCUACAAAAAGCAAAGCAUAAUCUCCAUUUAUGAGCAUAUACUAAAAGAAAGUUGAGUAGAGCACAGAUUCUAUUGUUAAUUUUGAGUAAACAAAUGUUAAAACUUUUAAUAAUAUGAAAGCAUCUUAAAUUUUAGAAACUAAAUAUAAAAAUUUCUCAAUUUUUAGAAACGGAUAACCAUAUAUAUAUGUUUAAGGAUAUUAUACAAAUUUUGAAGGAGUCAGUGAAAAAAUUAAUCAAAAAAUCCCAUUAAUUAUUCAUGAUUAAGUCUCCAAUAAAUUCAAAUAUUAAGGUAUGAGAAUGAAAGAAUAUUAAAAUCAUAAAACUAUUACAAAACAUAAUUGGUCAGGAAAAGAUGUACUUGAAAUUAAUAAAAGAAGAUUAAAGUAUUUUCAUGUAAUUUUAUUAAUGCUUAAUAAAAUUGAUAUUAUUAUUUGGAUUAAAGGAGUAAGAGGACUUUACAUAAUGUCAUAAAAAUAUGCAUAUUUAAUUGUGACUAGUAGAUUUAGUCAAUUCUUUUUUGAUUUAGUAAUUCUUAACAAUUUUACAUUUUUAUCUCUAUAAGGAAUUGUGGAUAUUAAUAUCAUAUCAACAGUUGAAGAUAUUUCUACUAUAUUUUUAUGUUUUGAAUUGAUGAUGAGAUUUAUGGGUUUUAAAUUCAAAGAUCUUUUAAGAUCUCCUGAUUUAAUUUUAUAAUCUAUUAUUGUAAUCAUAAACUUUUUUGAAUUAACAAUUAGUGAUUAUAUGACAACCUAUUUGAAUGAAUAAAAUUUAAGAUUAAUAAGAGGAACUAAAUGUUUACUGUUUUAUAGAUGCCUUAAAUACAAUAAAAUGGCUAUUACAAUUGGUCAUAUUGCUUCUAUGACUUUCGAUUAAUAUAUUUAUUUAGCUUUUCUUAUGUUUUUAGUAAUAUUUAUGUAUGCUUUAACAGGUAUGGAAAUGUUUGUAGGAAAAUUUGAUUAAAAUGAUUCACUUGGAUAAUUACAUUCCUAUGAAAAUAUUUUUAAAUCAUUUAUGACUAUCUUCAAUAUUAUGACAAAUGAUGAUUGGUAUGGAGUUUAUGUAAUUGGAAGUGAUAUUAAUUUUACUUUUUCUAUCAUUUAUUCUUUUUCUUUGGUACUCAUUUUAAAUUAUCUAACUUAUGGUUUAGUUAUGGCUGUCUUAUUAGACGGAUUUGGAAAGUAUUUAAAUUAACCAGUUGAGGAAAUUCAGAACGAAAUUCAGAAGAACAUUAAUGAAUAAUUAUAACAUAUUACCUAGAAUUCAGAUGAAAUACAAAUGCAAUUAGUUGAAACUAAUUAAGAACCAAUAAUUUCUAAUAAAAAUAUAUCAAAUGAUGAGAUCAAUAAAUCUAAACCUAAUUUAAUCUAUAAUCUAAUUAAGUCAAUAAGUAAAUAUUAAAUGAUAUACAAUAUUAGAAUAAAUUAAUAGAAAACUGUUAUCAAGAACACCCAAAUUAUAUGAGGGGAUAGAUUGUGAAUCAUCAUUGUUUUUGUUUGAGAAAGACAAUUUAUUUCGUAUUGCAUUGACUCAUCUUACAUCAUCAAUGAUAUAUAUCUAUAUAAUGGAUAUAGUUACUUAUCUAUCUAUCAUUGCUUUCAUCCUUAAAACUUAUAAUGAUUAUGAAACAGAUAGUGAAACAUAUCCAGAUACACUUUAAUUCUCUUGCAAUAUAAUUCAAUUGGCUGAUACAAUAUUUAAUAUUAUUGCAAAAGGAUUGUUUAUGGAUCAAGGAUCCUAUUUGGUAUCCACAUUCUAGGUUUUCGAUUUUAUAUAUUAAGUUUCGAAUAUCAUAGCUUUUGAAAGUAAUCCUGACGAUUUUAAACCUAUCCUAAAAAUUCUACUUUAUUUAGGUUACUUUAGACCAAUGAAAUUAAUGUAUAGAUUGAGUUGGCUUACAAAUUUAAGAGAAGCCAUUGGUAGAUCAUUAUUUGAUAUAUUCAAUGUCAUAAUUACUUUAUUAUCAGUUUGGAUAAUGUUCGGAGUAUAUGGUAUUAUACUUUAUGAAUAAUAAUUUGGUUAUUGCGAAGAUAAGAUGGCUUUUGAAGUUAAUAAAGAGACAUGUCUAAGUGAAGGUAAAAUAUGGGUUAAUUAUAAACAUAAUUUUGAUAAUAUUACAAUAGCCAUUCCUACAUUAUUUGUGACAGCCACUUUAGAUGGUUGGGGAGAAAUAUAUUAAAUUGCUGAAAAUAGUUAAGAGGCUUCAAUAGGACCAUAAGGAUUUAAUUCCUAUGUAGUCACUUACAUAUUUUUCUUACUUUUUGUUUUCAUUGGAUCAAUGUUUUUCUUAAGUCUUUUUACAGGAGUACUAUAUACAAAUUUAAAGAAAAAUCAAAAAGAAAUUGAAAAUACAGAAGUUACUUAAUCACAAAAAGAAUUUAAAGAAAUUUCAUAAAUGUUGAUAAAUGAUUUCCCUUAAUUCUCAACUCCACCAACAAAUGGAAUAAGAAAGAUAUCUUCUGAUAUUACAAGCAGUGUUACAAUUUAAAAAUGUUUAUUUCUACUUUUAUGGGUAGAUUUCAUUAUCUUAUUGAUGUUUACAUCAGAUAUGAGUGAUGAAUACUUUAGAGCUAUUAAUGAUGUUCAUAAUGCAUUAAGUGGGAUUUAUUUUAUUUGGGUUAUUUUAUUGUUUCUUGCAUUAGGAGUUAAUAGAUUUUUUGAUAAUUAUUGGAGAAGAUUUUAUUUCUUUUUAAUAGUGAUUGCAGUAAUUGAUUUUAUAGCAGAUUAUUCAGUAGAUUGGAUUAUGAUAUAUUAUAAAUCAACUCCAAAUGAUAAUGGAUUCUAAUUAUUACGUUUAUUCUUCUCAUUAAGAAGUCUAAGAAUAAUAUUAAUAUUUUAAGGGUUUAUCAAUUUAUAGAGAUUAAUAAAUGUAAUCCUAUUUGCUUUGCCAUAUUUGGGCAAGAUCUUUUCUAUUUUGAUAAUUACAAUGUUAGUAUUUGCUCUAUUUGGUUGUUAAUUAUUUGGUACAAUAGAUGCAGGAUAAGUUUUAGAUGACUAACUUAAUUUUAUGACAGCUGGUAGUGCAAUGAUGACACUAUUCAAAUGUGCUUCAGGAGAUGAUUGGAGAACUAUUAUGACAGAUACAAUGCAUUAUAAUCCUUUAUGUUGGGAAGAUCCUAAAUAUUGUGGAUCAUUUGCAAGUUAAAUAUACUUUUUCUUAUUCAUGUUCUUUUCAACUUAUGUUCUUCUAACACUCUUUUUAUUAAGUUUGGUAGAAUAAUUUGAAUCUUUUUUCCAAUUAUAAGACUCCCCAAUUUAAUCAUAUGUAGAAAAUAUUGAUAAAAUCAAAACAGUUUGGUGCAAAUACUCUUCUGAAACUAAAGGACAAAUGAUGCAUUAUAAAUUUUUAUGCAAAUUUCUCUUAGAUAUUGGUAAACCUUUAGGAGGAGGUGAAGAAGAGAAUCUUUGGGAUGUUGCUAAAAUUGCCUCCUCAUUUAAAUUAAAAUGGUAAUUAAUUUACAUCUAUUUUUAGUGAUCAUUAUGGUUACAUUCAAUAUAACCAAUUGAUUUAUGAGUUGUUUAGGGUGAAAUUCCAUUCAGAAGUUUUUAAGGAGGGUACUCCUGAUUCUAUCAAAUAAAUUAAAUAAUUUAGUAAAGAAAUGCAACUGCGCUUAAUUUAUUACAGAAAAAACAGGCAUAUUGAAAGAUCGAAUAUUAGUUCAGCACUUUCAUUAAAGGCCAACUUUAAUAUUCUUCAUGAUUAUCUUACUGUUUUGAUUCUCUUUAAAACUUGGGAAUCUUACAGUAAGAUCCUCAUUAAAAAGCUAGCUAUUAAAUAGAACUAAUUCUCUGAUGAUGCUAUAUCUAUGGAUAGUGAACUAUAAUAGAAGUAAGCAUUCCACAUUAUUAUUUAAUUAGUAAUAAGAAAAAUGUAAAUCAUUUUAUGGAACCAGAUUUGAUUGAAGCCUCAUGUGAAGAAGCAACUAUCAAUAGUAAUUUAGAAAAUAAAAAACAUCAUCAUACUAACGAAAGUUAAAAUUAUUCUAAUAUUGAAUUGCCAAUCUAUAAAAGUGCUUCACCCUUCUCUAUUUAAGAAGAAGAUGUAAAAAUUAUCUUUUCUGCUGCAGGUGAAAAGUAACCUAUAAUAUGA